AUGGGAUUCGAGGACCUCGAGGUCUUCCACCACCCACUAUUGCAGCGGGUGAUCGCCGGUAUUCGCAGACUACGUGGCGAGGCCGAUACCAAAGAACGCCGUCCAAUCACACGAGACCUACUGCUCCACAUCCUUACCCAAUUCGAUAAAACUUCCCUAGAGGGAGCCACCCUACAUACUUCCUUUUGCCUCGCAUUUACGACAUUCCUUCGUGUGGGCGAAUUCACAUGGUCCCAAGCUGAAUCCGAGGAUAGCGACUUCGGACGAUGGCAUAUCACAAGACGUUCGAUUACGCUACAUAGCCACCAUAUGGAGCUGUCGCUACCGUCCUCGAAGACGGACCCAUUCAGAAGGGGGAUCACGCUAUCCAUUGCCGCUGCAAAUAAUGACGCCUACCCUAUUCGUUCGCUACGAAACUUGUUCACUCGCUUCCCUGUUAGUGGGUCAUCGCCGCUAUUCAAUCCGGGCAAGGCCUUUACAAGAUAG